GCCAUGAGUAAUCAGACGCUGGUGACAGAAUUUGUGCUGCAGGGCUUCUCAGAAGUGCCAAAGUUCCAGAUUCUCCUCUGCAUUCUCUUCCUCUGCCUAGCCGGGGCACUCUGCGGCAACUCCCUCCUUGUGGUGGCCGUCACCCUCAGCUCCAGGCCCCACAGCCCCGUGUAUUUCUUCCUGGUCAGCCUGUCUGUGCUGGAUCUCGUCUGUGCGUGCACCGUGGUGCCCAAGCUGCCUGAGAUCCUGGUGGCAGAGGAGAGGGGCAUCUCCUACGGGGGCUGCAGGGCCCAGAUGUGUUUCCUGUCCUGGGCGGUGCCGGGGGAGGUGCUGCUCUUCACUGCCACGGCCUACGACUGCUACGUGGCCAUCUGCCAGCCGCUGCGCUACGGCUCCAUGAUGAGCCCCAGGGUGUGCGCAGUGCUGGCCGGAGCUGUGUGGGGCAUCAGCGUGCUGGGCGCUGGGAUCAAUGCCUGCCUGAUGUUACGGCUGAACUGUGGGCCCAAUGUAAUUGAUCACUUCUUCUGUGAGAUCCCCCCUCUGCUGUUGCUCUCCUGCUCCUCCACGUAUGUGAAUAACAUCAUGGCAAUUAUAGCUGACAUCUUCUUUGCCAUGUUGAACUUCCUGCUCACCAUGGUGUCCUAUGGGUUCAUCAUCUCCACCAUCCUAAAGAUUCGAACAGCCGAGGGGAAGCAGCGAGCCUUCUCCACCUGUUCCUCCCAUCUCAUUGCAGUCACCUUGUACUACUGUACCAUCAUCUACACCUACCUGAGCCCUGGCUCCAGCUACGCCCCAGGGGCAGGCAAGGUGGUAGCUGUGCUUUACUCCACUGUGAGCCUCACCUUAAACCCACUCAUCUACAGCCUGAAGAACAAGGAUAUCAAGGCAGCUCUCAGGAAAGUCUUGCUGCAGGUUGUCAAAAACCUGUAA